AUGGCGGCAUCAUUUUCGAGCGUAAUUACAGUCCAAGCACCUAUAACAUCCAUACCCCUACAACGUAUUUCUUUAUUCCUUUGUACUUUGCCACUUUUCUCGUUUGUAUCUUGCGUGUUGAUCGCUCUGGUUUGGCAUUUCGAUGAUACUACAAAGACUCAUUGCCAGGUGAGAGUGCCUUGUACCCAUGUAUUAGGCGCGCAUAUAAAAUCACGUUGUGUGCAGAUGUCCGGCACCCGGACAGGUUCUUGAAAUUACUCCGUGUCCUGCAAUCGGACGGGUUCUAGAAAUUACUUCGUGUUCGGCAGUCGUAAAUAUUUUUUGUAUUCAUUCACACUAUCAGGUACGUUCUUAGAUGGCUGGACACGUCACGAUAUCCACCGAACUGCGAGUUUUACCUAAGCUCGGCGCCCAGAGUUCAUUUAGAUAGCUGGACACGUUACCCUCUCACUCCCAAGGUCUCAUAGAUAAUUCUACUUACCAUCUCCUCUACAAUUCUUUGUCAUGUUUUUAGGAAGAAUUUGGGUUUGAAUCAACUAAUAAUCCCCUAAUUGAUAUUUUUAAUCGUUAUUCUCCUCACUUAUCUGCUUGAUAAUGUACUGAUGUUGUAAGGAGAAAUUCUGUCUUGGUCACUCAUGGGAGUAAAAGGGUUAAAACGAAAUCUAUGACUUAGAGGCUUGUUAUGAGCUUCUGAACACAGAAUCCUUAAAUACUCCCUGUCCAAUGGUCAAAAGUUUUGUGCAAUUAGGUUUGAAUUAUAUCACACUAGGCAAAGCUGUUGUUGUUUUUUGUCUAACCCUAAUUGCCCAGCAACACAGAGCGUUGAGCUUAUCUAAAACAACCUUUGGUGGAAAUUGUGACAGCACAGUCCAACUAUCUAAAAACAUAUCUGAUGGUGUGAAUUGAAGUUAGUGAAUAUUUUCAACUGCCAGAUACAGAGUAAUUUUAACAACCUGUUUGGCUGGUCAAAGUUGAAGUUUCAAAUUGGUCAGUAUAUGAUGCUGGUAAACUGUUGUAAAGUGUUGUCUAAUUUGCUUAACUCAAUAUGUUAUCCACUGAAGUGGUUGAUUUUAAGUUGUGUGAAAAAAAGUUAUAACAAGCAUUUUCCAAUCUAGAAAUUGAAGCAAAAGUCCCAGAGUUUAUCAAUAAUACCUUUCUUGCUUACAGCUCUGAGUUGUUUCUUUGUAGAAAAGAAUUUAUUCUUAAUAAAGGUCAUUUAAUAGUUGUUAACGAAUUGGGAAACAUCACCCAUUACUGAGUGAUGUGCUUCUAAAUUACAAGCAUAGAAAAUUGGUACAGAGACAGUCUUGCAUCAUAAUUGUGAUCAACCUAGCCUACCUAGUACAAGUAAUUUUAACAUCAGCAGACUUGUCCUGCUAGUUAAGUUCCAUAUUGUUGGUAUUAAAGUACAGUGAUAUCAUAGUUAGUUUUUAGGUACUUUAUUUAUCACUUGGUAAUAAGUUAAUAUCAGUUGCUCUACUGUUCAACUUGCUAGUGCAUAUACAUUAUUUUUUUGGUUAUAAGGCGCAACAUUUUUCAAAGAAAAUGUGCCUGUUCAAUUGAAAUCCGGUCUAAACUCGGGGUGCAUCUUAUAGCCAAGUAUGUUUGCACCAAAGAAUAUAAAAUUUGGAGACCUGCAUUCUCAGCAGCACCUGGAUUCAAAGCUGACGAAUGCCUUUGGUGGAAGUUUCUCGUCACUCGCCUUCGCUGCUAGGAAAACAGUGAAACUCUGCUUAUCGCCACCACAGGAUAAAAUCAGCUCCUCCAAAUCGCUCUGAUGAAGGGCAAACGCUCAAAUGUCAGCUUUUUUACACUUUACAGUGGCUAAUUUAUGUUUUCAACUCAGCUGUUAAUAUAAAUUACCUGCUAAAAUCGGCACUGUUUGGUUUCCAGUGAACUCCAAUGCCCUUGUGGCUGGCAACUCGAACCUCACCAGAGUUUUGUCCAUGUUAAGGACAUGGCUGGACUUGUAGCCACAAUGCUGUCAGGAUCUCAGCACGAUUUAAGCAAUGGAAUUCAAUCACCUUCUCUUCCAUAUCAGCUGGUAGAUGCUGUGCCAAAGUGGUCUUUGCUCUCAAGGAAAUGGCAUGGUGACAUUUCCAGUUUGUGUACCAGCCAAGGGACGCUUUUAACUCUGGAUCGGAGCUGAGUUCCUCUGCUUUCAGGCAGAGCCUUAAGAUGUGUACUGAUAGACCUGCAAAUAUCAAAGGAAAUAUGCAGUCAGCAAGUGGACAACAUAAUCAACAUUUUAACAAGAAUUUACACUAAAACAGUGCAGUUAUCAAUGACAAUGCAUAGAUGUUGAAUGAACAAUAUUCACCUUGGCUUCUUUGAUUGCUGAACCAGUGCGCCUUGAACUGCUGAUCAAGCUUUGGAUCUUUUGGCCGGUAGUGACCCAUCGAGUCACAUUUCACUGUCAUCUUUAACUUGUCUGUAAACAAGACGUAUUGCUAGUUUCUCCAUUUACAGACCAUCAAUUACAAUAUGCCAUAUUUGCAAGCAAUUUCACAAUUGUUGUUCAGGGCUUCUGCCUCUGCUACAAUAUUCAACUUGAAGUUUAGAUUGUAGGAAUGAUGACGAGUACUUGGCAUGAUGGUCUCUGAUUUACGGUAUGCUGAACAAUUGCUUUGAGAAUGAGAUUGUAGUUUUGAAACUGAUGAAAGUUUCAUCAGCUGAGUGUUGUUUAUAAAUGUUAAAACAGAAUUUAAAGAAAGCGACAAAACUUUUGAGUCUGUAAAACAUGUUUCGACAGAAACUUCUGUCAUCUUCAGUUAAUUACCAUACAAAGCGUUGAAAGUUGAAUUAUAUAGCAAGUAGAACAAUGCUAAUUAAGAUGAAUAGUGACAACAAGAAAAGAGGUAAAGCAUGAAAGUGUGAGAAUUAAAAAGAUAAUUUGAGAUUUACAUGGUGUAAUUGUUGAUUCAAGGAUGGUUGUUCUCUUUGAAUAUGAAUAGCCUCUUUUAUCUUAAGCUGAAAGCCAGUAGCCCAGGUUCCCUUCCUACCACUUUACCUACGUUCUACUUUAAGCUACCCUACAUAGGCCACGAGUAUUUAGGAGUAAUUUUUAGUUUGUAAACUUGAUGGAAUUAUGUUUAAAAGUUAAGGGUGCGUCUUAUAACCAAGUGUGUCUUAUAACCGAAUAAAUACUGUAAACUGCACUUGCAUUCUAAGAAGCUGUUUUUCUUGCUAUUUUCCUGCAAUAAUAAAGGCUGUCUUUUUUCCAAAAAUUGCUUGGUGUUUUGUUAUGUGGUUAGGACAUAUGUAAUAGAAACCUUUUGCCUCGCUUUACCUUUUCCUACUUCUGAUAAGUUAAACCUUUUACUAACCAAUAAUUAUUAACCCUUUAACUCCCUGAUCAAAUUUAUAAUUCUCCUUACUGUCAACCAUGCAAUUCUUAUAAUGCUAGUUUAGAGAAUUUAGAGUUGGAUCAGCUAAUUAUCCCCAAACUGAUAUUUUUCUUUAUUCUCAUCACUUAUUUGGUUGAUAUUGUAUUAAUACUGUAAGGAGAAAUUCUGUCUUGGUCACUCAAGGGAGUUAAAGGGCAAAACUGUUCUAUGUGGUGAAACUUGGUUUCCUGGAAAAUCAGGAUCAGCCAUUUAGGGAUUGGGGAUCAAGAAUCCCUUGUCCUCAUUUUCCAAUCCUGGUUUUCUAGAAAACUGUGAAACCAAGUGCUACCUGGUCUUAACUAUACAAACAUCUGACAAAAUAAUUAUUAUAACAACAAGUUACAUGUAGUUGCAACUGUCUUUUAUUAUCUUAACAGCAUAUCAUGUGUGCUUUUCAAAAUGGUUCCUAGUAUUUCCCAUUCUCCUGAUGAGGUAAACAUCUGAUUUGUUAUCCUUCUUUAAAUUUAAGGUACCAAACUACUUGCCUUCAAUAAGUGCAGCAAUUGGGGGAAACAUGCCAGAGAUGUUUAUUUGGAGAGUUGCAAUAGCUCUGCAUUGCUUUCCUCGAAUCCUACUUUUACCAUCUGCAAUCCAUAAACACUACACAAAUACACAAUCAGGCAGGAUUUAUCACUUGACAACUUGGUGGUUUAAGCCGCUCAAUUUUCUAAACUACAUUUUGGAAAUAAUAGAAAAUGGAGCCCUCCUCUCGAUGACCUACAUUUCAUCAGUCGAAAAUCAUGGUGAGCCUUUAAAAUAUCAAUUGAGUUUGAAGAGUGGUAUUGGAUUGCCUUGGUUGCUGUGCUUGUCACUCAGUUAUUGGCCCAGGACACUUUCAGCACAUUAUCUUGGGACUAGCAGCCAGUCAAUGAGUUAACACUAUGCUUUAAAGGCAGUUUAAUGAUUUUACUUUGAGUCCUCUUCAGCCUUUGUGAUACUUUUGUUUGUUCUGAUUAACCAUUGUAAAUUAGUAUUGCAUUAGGUUUGGUUUUACAUCACCAUUUAACUGCCAAUCAUUUGCAAAGUAGGCUCACACAUUUCUUUCGCAAAAUUCUUAGAAAGAUUGCAAACAGCAUCCUUCUUGCUUUCAUCUAAAUUUUCUUAAGAAAAGAGUUGCCACUGGCAUCUAAAGCUAUACAUGUGUGACACUUUCAAAUUUUGAGAUUUAUGUUAUUGUUUUCUGUAUUUGCCUUAGAACCAAGAGCUCGCCAAACAGAAACAACAGGUCCUAUCUGUGUUUACUCAGGGACUGUUGGCUAGCAAAGUUUUGUCCUUUUUGUUAUCCCCUUCUCAUUCAUAACUGUGCAGACUGGCCAGCUUUGCUGCAGAGCUUAUCUCAGUUUCUGUGAUAUGAAAGAAAAGGAGUAUGAUAUACUUUUCUUUCUGGAUGAGAUGGAAGUCCAUUCUAGGUUGCUCUUUAGCACAAAGACUCUUGGGUGGGACAAUCAAACCCUGAUCACUUAAUUUUGAGCUAAUUAUGGAGAUACAGGCUGUAAAAAUGGUAGACUUUCUUAACAAAUUUAUAAGGGUUUCCUCUUAGGACUUCAUUGCAUACAUGUGCUUACCACAGCAGGAAGAUGACUUGUCUGUUGGGUUAGAAAGUGAGGUGUUAUUGACAGAUUUUACAGUUAUUUUGAGGAUAAUAGGAGAAUGAAGACUUCACCUUUGUAGGAUUAUUAAAUUUCAGUCAAUGAUAACAUUAGAAAUAAUAUUCCCAUCUAAAAUGUGUAUGUUUCAGCUAUGCACGAAGCUUCCUUUAUUGUAUUUAUGGUGUGCUCCAUGAGUUACAUGUUUCUAUCAUGCAUUCUAUCUGGAUUGACAGCAAGCAAACCAAUGAGCAAAGAGGUAUGUACACUGUACACUAUACUGUGGAAACCACCAAACUGUUAGGGAAUGGGUCCAAAUCUUGUAAGUUGUAAGGUUUUUCUUACUGUGUUUCAUUUGUUUACCCUCCAUUUAAUCAAACUGUAAAAGUUAUUGUUUAAUUAAAGCAAUUUCAGUCAUCGGUAGAGUGCAGUAAUGACAAUUUGUACCACACACUUAACCCCAUUGUCUAAUUUUUCAGGAUUCCUCCCUAUUCAGAAAAAAGGUGUUUGCCAUGAUCUUCAACUACUUUUCAUUCAGUAUGGCAGUUUACUUUUUCUUCAGACACAAUUGGUACUGUGAACCUGGUGGUAUCCUUGAAAGUUAGCAUCAACGUAGGAAUGCAGAAACCUCACGGCCACAUCUUUGAAAUGUAGGGGGUAGUUGUUAUUUCACAAUUUGGGAAGUAGGGAGGAGCAGGAGACUGGUGGGAUUUCUGAAGCCCACUGUCGACUAAACAAUGGUUCUAAUAGUGAUUCCCACCCACCCUCAAACUGCACUAAACAAACUUUCUAUGUAUACUUGUAGCUGAUGGAAACUCAUUCUAAUGGGGAUCAAAAGCAAGAAAUGUAAGUUUUGGAUCUUCUGGUCAUAGAUGUUUCAUAGAUGGGAUUGCCCUACCACCCACCACCCCCUCUCCUUCAAAACUUCCCCUCCAAAUCUACCAAACCUCUGCAUUAAAAAUCAACAGUCCUUAAAAGGAAAGGGGAUUUGUGACUUACUGCAAUAUGGGAUAUGUGUUACCAAUAAUUUUGAGUACUCCAUCAAGUAGACAGGAAAAAAUCCUUUUUUAUCAUUGUUUGUCUUAACAUUAUUUCCCACUCACAGUAUAUACUCUGUUUGCCCUUGGCGAGUAUUGCACAGUCCUAUCCAAUGUGGCCUUUCACUGGCAUUGUUCAAAGCAUUUUAAUGGUGCUGUCCUGAUGCUGACCUUUGUUGAGGACAUGAAAGUGAACUAAAGAAAUAAAAUAAAAUAAAACUAAAGAAAUAAAAAUGAAAGAAAUAAACAAAUCUUGAAAAAAGAGUCUUUUUUCACAUCUUAGCCUGAUGAAACCAUUCAGGUUUUUUUUUCUUUUUGCUGAAGGAUGUGAGAGAUGAAGAGCCAGUGAUCUCUGGGGUGAGAGAAUUGAAAAAAUCCGGUCCUUGAAUAAACAGAAAACUGCAGAGUAUUUGUUGGACAUAAAGGUAGACGAGGUAAUUUAAUAUUAUUAACUGUUACUAACGUAAAUUGGCCAAAGUAAGGAGUUCCAAAGCUGACGUUUCGAGCGUUAGCCCUUCGUCAGAGCAAAAAACGUAGGGCUAACGCUUGAAAUGUCACCUUUGAAACUCUUUACGGUGGCUAAUCUGCGUUAUCAACCAAGUUGAUAAUACUUAAUUACCCUGUUAUACUCUCCCACCGACGUAUCACCACAGUUUCUUUAGAAACCUACUGAAAUUGUGAACGAAAUGGAUUAGGUUGUCUCGCGUUGUAACCGUGGAUUUGGUUGCUUUCGCAAAUACAUUUUCAAAUUUUCAAAGUAGGGUAGUGUUUUGGAAUGAGAACAUUACUGAAGUAGCUGUAUUUGAUGAAUGUCACGAAAUUUAAGUUAAGUUUUUUUCCAGAUUAUAAAUAUUUACAUUACGGAGUACUUCAUAAGUGCAUCCUAUUAUUUCUGUUCCAGAUGUUGAAUUUUGCAGAGUAUUGAGAAUAAUUUAAAUUCUUUUGGUUAUUAGUGUACUUGAACAUACAAUUAAGUCUGCAUUAAGAGUAUUUAUUUUUUAUAAGUUUUUUUUCUUGAGUGUAAAGAUCAGAAGUUAAUUUAGAAAAGUUAUGUAUAUGGAUACAAGAAAAACAAAACGUGUAACUCAAGAGUCAACGGAAAUGGAAACAUUUGUUCCAGAAUCAAGUAUUAAAGUUUUUUCUUCG